CUUCCCUCCGGGUUCUCAAUUUUCUUUAAACAUAAACCCUAGACUAGACUCUGAGAUUGAAAUCCAACAAAGAAGAAGAUAAAAAGCGUCUCAAGCUUAAUUACCACGAGAUUGAUUUAUAUCCAACGAAUUCUUUUCCCUCAUUCCCCAAAGAGCUACUUCUAGGGUUGCAGAACAAAGAUUUAGUGGGUGAAUUCUUGGUGUAACCGCCGUGAAACAAUACCAGAUUAAUUCAUGAUUGUUGUUGCUGGGUUGUUUGGAUCACCGGACCAUUCGAUACACAUAUGCUGUCUCAUUAGUCCCAAGUCUCUGUAUCCUUAAGCAUGGCAGUGGAUUUAGUGUAUCCAUUUAUACCUGCAUUUUGGUUUUAAAGCAUAUAGUGUCUACCUCAAAAUGAGGAUGAUCCACACAAAUGCUAGCAAAUGAGGGUGCAAAAUAGGAUGGCUGCUUUCCAAUUUGUGGUAGCAUGGGUUAAAAUAUAUAAAUUGAUAAUAGCUAUGAAGCAUAUACAGAUUUCAUCGGCCAUGGCAUGCUCAAAUUUUGGCUCUUGAUGUUUAACAAUUCUAGGGAAAGUUUCAUGAACACGGAAUGUUUUAGACGUACGUGGACAGUAACAACCUGUAGGGUCAAUUUAGUGAACCCCAAAGGAAGAGUGGAACCAGAUAUUUGAAGAUUGUUUUAGACAUGCGUGGACAGUAACAACCUGUAGACCAGAGUUUAGGGUAAACAAUCUAAGUAAAUACUGAAUGUUACCUCAUGAUUCAGCCAAUGUAUAUAAAUUGUGGGUCUAAUUUAGGUUUUGAAAUUUGGGCGAUUUCACUGAACUAAGAAACCAGAAAUGGCAGAUUUCUAGUUUUGCGAAAAUGUUAAUUUAAUUGAGAAUUUUACUUUUUUGUUGGCAGGUUUAUCUGUUUUAAUACACUGUUACGUCUUGGUUACUCUUUCAAAUGGAUGUGGUAAGGAAGGAUGAAGAGACUGUACUGCGGAAGAGCAAAAAGAAGAAGCACAAGAAAAACAAGGAGAAAAACAAGAAAAGCAAAGAAAUAGAGACUUUAAGUACCUUAGAAGUAAGUAUAGAGGAUAAAAAGAAGCACAAUAAUAGCAAGGAAAUAGAAGCUAUAAGUUCCUCAGAAGUACCUACAGAGAAAAAGAAGAAGCACAAGAGAAACAAGGAAAAAGAGGCUUUGAGCUCCUCAGAAGUACCUAAAGAUGUGGGAGGCGAGAAGGGGUCUGAGGAGAAAGAAGGUGGGUCUGAUUAUGGGAUAGAAGAAAGUGGUAAACGCAAAAAGAAGAAAGACAAGGAAAUAGUUACUGAGUGCAGUGAUGUAGAAUGUGCAACUGAUCAGGCGGCUUCUAAAGAGAAGGAUCACAUUUUUGUGAGUGCUGAGGAUAAUAAUGAGCAUGUGAAGAAGGGGAAGGGUAAAAAAAAUAAAAGAAAGAAUGAAAUGGAGGUGAUUCCGGAGAAACCUGCAUUGAGAAGUCUGGUGGUGAGGCUUAAUCUGGUUCUCGUUCUUCUAAGAAGAGGAACAGAGAGGAGGAAGUGCUAGAUGUAGCUAUAGGAGAGGGGAAGAAGAAAAUAACCAAAUUGGAUGCAAAUAUUGAAAAUAUGAACACGAGCAUUGGAGAUGUUGAAACAGAAAACAAUUUCGGAAGCACGAACGAGCAUUUGAGAAACUCGAGUUCCAAAAAAUCAUCUGAAAGAGUAAAAUUUGCUAGUCAUGUAGAAGUCUUCCAUUCUGAUGACACAGAUGAUCAGGAGGAAAACCCAGGAAAUAAGUUAGUUCGAGGUAAGAGGUUCACGCGGGAAGAAGAUCAAAUACUCAAAGAUGCUGUUCACAAGUAUAUAGAGGCACAUAAAUUGGGUGAGAAAGGCUUGGAUAUGAUUCUGCAGUGCCGAAGACAUCCAAAUAUAAGAGGAUGUUGGAGGGAAAUAGGGGCUGCCUUACCGUAUAGGCCUCUCACAGCAAUAUAUGACAGAGGACAUACUUUGUUUGAGAGGGCAGAGUCACAUGAAUGGACUUCGGAUGAGAAAGCAUUUGUCUUAAAGUUUUAUGAAAAGCAUGGACUAGAUUGGAAAAGCAUGUCCCAGGUCCUUGCAAAGGACAAAAAACAUGUGAAGGACGCAUGGCGUCGGACAUUUCGUGCGGGUCUUGGAAAGGGUAAGUGGACUCAGAUGGAGUAUCAGUCUUUGUUUCAUAUAGUAAACAAGGAUUUGCGAAUGCAUGUGUAUGAGGAAAAGAAAUCAAAGCAUGGCAUGAUACGUGACAAUAUCGGUUAGCAAGCGAUUAGUAACCGUUUAGCUACUCGAACACAGAUGGAUUGCUGUAACAAAUGGUAUAGACAAUUAUCAUCAUCUAUGGUUAAAGAAAAGAUAUGGGCUGACAUAGAUGAUUAUCGAUUGCUGGAUGAACUUCUUAGGCUAGAUGCGUGCUGUGUUGAAGAUGUUGACUGGGAUAAUCUUCUUGAGCAUAGGUCUGGAGAUAUUACUCUGAAACGUUGGAGACAGAUGGUAAAUCACAUUGGUAUUCAUAAAAUUCAAUCCUUUGGAGAACAAGUAGAAGUGCUCGCUAAACGCUAUUGUCCUGAGCUACUUGAAGUCAGAGAAGCUCUUGACAGCAGACCCGUGGUUGAUUGAGGUGUGGAGAUGGGAGCUGCGGGCUCGGCAGAGAGGUUGUCAAGAAGGUCAAGCCCUAAUUCAUCAACGUUUACGAUUGCUCCAACUGUAUGUGGUACAUAUUCUAUGCUCAACUACAUGCAUGUGUCCUUAAGCGUGGGCUCACUGAGAGUAAUAGUUAUACGGGUAAUUCGUUGAUUAACAUGUACCUGAAAUGCGGAUCCAUUGGAGAGUCGGAGACUGUUUUAUGACAUGCUCAGAAGAGAUGUAAUCUCGUGGAAUUCACUCAUCUUAGGUCUUGUGCAGAAUGGGCAUUCUAAGAAAGCGAUAGAAAUUGGAGAGAAGGCACUAAGUUUGGGUAUCUGCAGCCAUGGAGGAUUAGUUGACGAAGGAUUGAGUAUUUUGGUUCCCUGAGUAAAAACUCCGGGGUUGAACCAUUUUUGGAUCAUUAUGUUUGUGUGAUUGAUAUGCUCGAAGGGCAGGUAAAGUAGCUGAAGCACAUAAGUUCUUUUGUGAGAUGCCCAUCUCACUGAAUGCCGUAGCAUGGGCAACUCUUCUCAAUGCAUGGUUCAUGGGAACAAGGCGAUUGGGGAAGUUGCAGCUCGUGAGCUUCGGAUUUUGGAGCCAAGUAAUUCUGCAAGUUAUGUAAUGUUGGGAAUCUAUACCGCAAAACAGGUCAUUUUGAAGAAUCUAGGCAGAUAUUGGAAUUGAUCUACAAGUUUGAUUUAAAAAAGGAAAAGGGAAUUAGUGGGACUCUUUAACUACAAAUUACACAUACAGAGAUGCGAAUUUUGAUGACUACUUAUUAUUUGACAUUGAAUCUACUACAUUAAAU